AUGUUAGAAAACCUGCGUGUUGUUAUAAACUCAGUCGUUGCAGACAAACUCCCAACGGACGUGAAAAUUAAACCUAUAACCAGCGAUGGUGCCAACUUCACGUCAUUUAUAUUUGAAAUUACUGUUGUCACCGCAGAAGGGACCUUGGAACUUUUUGCUAAAGUAGCCACCAACCGCGACAUAGAACAUGUGUUUGUUACGGAAAACUUUGUCUACUCGACACUAUCAAAGGCUUAUGAAAGUUUACAAAAUCUACAUGGAUCUGACCAAAUAUUUACAUUCCCAAAAUUCUACAAGACUGAAGCAAUCAAAGGGGUCCAAAAUAUCGUUUUGGAGAAUCUAGCAUCUGAAGGAUACAAGUGUCAUGACAGACUAAAGAGCAUGGACUGGAAAUAUGCGUCUAAAUGUGUAGAAACUUUAGCUAACUUUCAUGCGCUGUCUUUAGCUUUUGGCAAGGAGGAUCCUGAGCAGUUUAAGCAAGUUGAAGAGUCAUUGAAGCUGCCUCCGUUGACAGAUCCAGAAUGGAGAGGUCUCGCUGAUGGUGCGUUAGCAGCGGUAGAUGGGGUGGAUCGUGAGAAGCUGUCUAAACUGCUAGAAGGAUCGGUGGGCUGGAGUAAACUUAGAGAAUUGAAUGAUCCACGUAAAACCCCAGUGAUCAUUCAUGGAGACUAUCGACCUAGCAAUUUGAUGCACAGAGAAGUGAAUGGUGACCUUCACGUGAUCCCAGUAGACUACCAGCUGACCGGGCUCGGAUGCCCAGCAUCUGACCUCAUCUACUUCAUCGUGCUGGGCUCAGAUCAGCAGUUCAGGCAGAAGUAUUACCACAAGCUGGUAGACCACUAUUACCAAGAGCUGGUUCUGGCGAUGACGAGGCUCGGCUUGAAGCCUGAGGUGGUGUAUGGGAGACAGGAGUUUGAAGAAGACAUGAGAGCGAAACUGCCUCUCGGCUUGUGCGUAGCUGCGCAAGGGCUGCCGUUCGUGACGACGGAUCCUGCGAACGCUGCGACCUUCGAAGGCGGAUGGUUCGUGCCUGGCUCCAACGAACUGUUCGUCGAACGAUUCCGCGGGCUCAUGGACGACUUCAACCGAUGGGGAUUCAUAUAA